AUGUUGUCUGGAGCGUUAGCGAUUUCUGAAAGGUUGGCUUCGCGUGGUUGUGGUGGGGAUGUAUCCUGUAUGAGAUGUGGCUCCAAUGCCGAAACUAUUUGUCAUAUGCUGUUUGUAUGCCCUGUAGCGAGACAGGCUUUUGCAUUGGCUAAUAUCCCUAGCCCAGUUGGAGACUUUUCUAUUACUGAGGUGGAUAAGAAUUGGGAACAUCUGCUAACGGUAAUGCAAGAUGACGAGGUACCAUGUAUGGUAAGAGCUGCUAUUCCAUGGGUGUUAUGGGGGAUUUGGAAGCACCGGAAUACAGUUGUGUUUCAGGGCAAGAAUGGAAAUAUCCGAGAUUUAAUUACCAAAGCAUUCGAGGAUUCGAACCAAUGGCAGGCAGCUCAGUCUUUGCCUGCAGAGGCUAAACUACACUAUCCGGCCAAGCAAGGAGCUUUGGAAAGAAAAUGGUGUAAACCUGUAACGGGUUUUGUGAAAUGCAAUAUAGGUUCUUCAUGGUAUAGUAAGUCUCGGUUGUCGGGUGGCGCGUGGAUUGUACGAGACGAAUAUGGUCAGGUUCUUUAUCAUGCGAGAGAUGCAUUACCGGCCUCCGACUCACAAUUUCUAGCUGCUCUACAAUGUUGUUCAUGGUCGAUUGAAGCUUUAUGUAUUCUUCAGGUUGCUAAGGUGGAAAUUGCCUUGGAUAAUGCGAUGGUCAUUGACGCGAUCAAUAGUCCUACAGCGUGGCCACGUUUCAGUCUUCUCUUGAGCAAUAUACACGAGAACCUCUCAAAAUUCGGGUCUUGGAGAGCUACACAAGUUGCGAGCACUGCAAACUCUGUUGCGAUGGCUAUAUCAAAGAGUGUUACAAGAGAUGGCAGGUUACAGUCUUAUCUCUCACUUGGAGGGCCUUCUUGGCUCCAUCAUCAAGUGAGAAGUGAGGCGUCUUAA